AGGUCAAACUGUAGUCUGUAGAAAAUCUGCAAAGAGAGAUGUGGAAGGAAAGAAAGAAAAUGUACCUUCAGACUAAGAUCAAAGAGACAGAAGAAGCCACUGGCUCAGGCUCCUAUAUGACUCUGACAUCCACCUCUGCUAAACCUUCAGGGAAAGCCGCCAGCCUCCAGAGUGAUCUUAUAUUUGAGGAAAUCGGUCGCCGCAUCAAGGAAAUGGGAAGCCAGCUGGUCAAGAAAGUGAAUGCCAUAUUUCAGUGGGACAUCACUAGAGAUGGAAAGAUGGUGGUGCAGUGGACUCUUGACUUAAAGACUGGCUCUGGAGAGAUCUAUCAAGGAGCUUCACGUUGUCCUGCUGACACAGUCUUCACCCUUUCCGAUCAUGACUUCAUGCAGUUGGUUCUGGGCAAGAUUAAGCCCCAUAGGGCAUUCUUUGUUGGCAGGCUGAAGGUAAGAGGCAACAUCAUGUUGGGUCAGAAGCUGGAGAUGAUUCUUAAAAAUCAUGCUAAACUCUGAGAUGCACUGUGCCUUACUGGUGGCAAGAACGGCCAAGACUGAAUUCCUUUUGUCAUACAGCAAAGUUGCUCACAAUGGAGACUGAAAAAUGCACAUCCUAUUUUAAUGCAAAUUCUUACUAUUCAAGUUUGGAGACAUCUACAGCUAAUUUGUUUGCUCAAUUAUUAUUGUUACAGUAAACUGGGAGUUAAUAGCAUAAUGCACUGCUUCUCUCACUGGUCCUCAAUGGAAUCUGUCUUCAUGC